CUUAUUCGCACAUGUUUUCACUUUCAUUUCUUGAUCGUUUAGCUUAGUGAUUGGUGAAUCAUUGGCCUAUUUUACGCUAGGUUGUGUUCUUUUGUCAUAUUUCAGGUCCUAGUACGUAGAUAUGGCCUUGGGACGAGUCUCGGGACAUUUGGAGGUGAAAGCAAGUCGAUCGCGAGAACAGGCAGCAGAGCUGUUGAAAAACACGCCCUCAAACACGGCCUCUGCUGUGAAAAACACGGCCUUGUGCUAGAGUCCGUGUUUUUCCUCUACCCUCCACAGAAUAGCCAUUCAAAAACCCGGCCUCUUUUGAUUAAAACACGGCCGAGUUUUUGGGCUUAGAGGCCGUGUUUUUGCACCUGUGCAGGUUUUAUUGGAGAGGAGCUCAUAUUUUGAGGGGAUCGACUUUUUGGGCAGAAAACAGAGUUUUAGAGAGAGAAAGUGCACAGAACAAACCCUAGGAGCUAUUUGGAGUGGAUUUCUCACCAUUGAAGCCCAGAUUGCAUCCCCAUGAGUGAAGAUCGACAUCCCAGAGCAGUUUAUCCCCAUCUUUAUGAGUAUGACUGCUCUGAUUUCGGUUUUCAUCUCUCUCUCUAUGGAGUAGAACCCUCUCUCACUUGGGUAUGAAGAACCCUAUUUCCAUGUGUUAGGAAUCUUGAUUGUAAUGACUUUGGAUUGAUAUAUUGAUUGAUUAUAAUCGAUUGAUGCAUGAUUCAUUGAGUCAAUUGAAGCCUGAUCAUCUUUUCUUGAUUUCUGCUGCAACCUGAGAUAGACAGAAUCUGAUUAUGUUGUUAGAGCUUCAUCAAUCGGUAGUAGUAGAUUAGUUAUACGAGAGUUAAUCGAUUUACUGCUUUGUCCUGGAAUCCAAUUCCAAUAGUGGAGUUCUGUUUUUAUUGCCUCAGUAGUCUAUCCCGGUGAAGGCUAGUCGCCUGCCGGUUAGUCUGUCUGAGAGGGCUUGGUCAGCUUAAGAGAUUCCAAGCUAUUGUCGGAUCUUCCGCAGUUUAAUCAACAGUAAAUCAACCAAGGGUAAUUACCAAUGUUGUCAAAGCCGAGCCGGAGUAUGACCCGGUAACGUGAACGGCUCGAUCAUUAGUGGUCCAGCCUGCAUUAGACCGUUUAAAAACCGUUUGAGAACCGGUACCUAAUAAACAGUCAUUUGUAUAAAUAGUAGACACUUCUUAAUCAUGGUAAACCACAAGUAAAUUACUCUCUUACAAAAGAAACAUCGGAUCAGUAAAAAAAUUGCUAAAUGGGACAUGGAAAUCUCACGGCAGUAACACAAACAAAUUUUAUGCUUAUUCUUCAUACUCUUGGCUUGGCUUUAAAACAAUUGAAUUACUUUACAAAUGAAAGAAAGAACCCUCACGCCAACUCUUCCUCUCGCCUACUUCUGUUCAUCUACGCAUUAAGAUACAAACAUGAACUUUACAAAUGAAAGAAUGAAUUGGAUUACCUAGGCUAAUUGGGGAAGAAGUUAAUUGCCAAUUGGAGAAGGGAGGGCAGCAGCAGAGGCAGCGGGUCGAUGCAGGAGCGAGGCAGCAGGGGUCGAUGCAGGGGAGACCUCACCGGAUUCGCAUCCGUUGCGCUCGCCGGCAGCAGGAGUCAACGACGAUGGCGGCUUGGACGAAGGCUGCGGGGAACGGCGGUGAGUUGUGUUUUGGACGAACGGGGAAGGCGUCGAGAUGUGUUUUGGUUGGCGUCGAGAUGCGAUGGCGACGGCGAUGGAACGACGACGGGAUCAAACGACGACAGCGCUGGACGAAGGCUACGUUUCCGGUGGGCGACGAAGGCGCUGGACGAAGGCUGCGGAGGAGCUGCUUCUCCUUCGUCGUCUGCAACCGAAGAGGGAACGAAAUAAAAUUAGGGUUCCCUUGAGAGUUCAGACAGCCUCCCGUCUAGGCUUGGCAAUGGGUCGGAUACUGGGCGGUACCCCAUAUCUGUUGCCCGCUAUAUAUGCCCGCGGGUAAAACCCGGACCCGCCCCAUUAACCUUAAUGGGCACAAACUUUGGACCAAGCCCAAGACCACACGGGUAUCGGUGAACCCGCGGGUCAAUGGUUACCCGUGACCUGUCCAGAAAUAUAAGGCAACCAAUUUCAAUUCAUUCCCUAAGCAUUACAAGAAUUUCUGAAAAACAAGUUCUUAUAACAUUCAACAAGAAAUUAUGAACUGCAAACCCAGAAACCUUACUCAAAAUCAACAAUCCGACCAUAAAUAAACCCAAAAAUAACAAUCACUCAAACCCAGAAUUGAAACCCACAGUGUAAAAAAAUCCCAGCUAACAAACAACCAUGCACUGCAGUCUGCAAACCCAGGAACCUGACUCAAAAUCAACAAUCUGACCAUAAAUAAACCCAAAAAUAACAAUCACUCAAACCCAAAAUUGAAACCCACAGAGUGUAAAAAAAUCCCAGCUAACAAACUUCUGAAAUAACACUUCGAGUCUGAAAGAUUGAAACACAAAAAACAAAAACAGAAGCCAUUCUGAAAAGCAACAAUCAGUGUUGAAUCUUCACUCCUAAGUCUCUCUUUCUCGUCCUUGCGUCUUCUUUCAAUGAGAUUAAGAUUUCAUGAAUUCCAACAAAAUUUACAACUUCAG